AAGUAGAUACAGCCCUGUAUUUCGAACAGUAUGGCCGAUUGUGCAGUUUUUCGAGAGGAACAAGUAUUAGAUCCAACACCCAGAAAACGUAAAAUAAUUUUUCACGACUGAAGUGAAGAAACUUUAGUGUAAUGAUUAAAGAUAUGGCGGACGAUGAGGCCAUACAGGCCACGAAUGAUGAUGCCAGUGAGUGUAAAAGGUAUGCAGUGCAACUUGGUUACUGGUCUGAUCCAUUCAUCAAUUUUUUUGUAAAACAAACUACACGAAAGCCACCAGAGAUCAAUCGUGGUUACUACGCAAGGGUCAAGGGCAUAGAAGUAUUCAUCGACAAAUUCCUUAAACUAUCUGGUGACAAAGGUCAAAUUAUAAAUUUGGGUGCUGGUUUUGACACACUUUACUGGAAGCUCAGAAAUGCUGGAAACAGUCCUACAAACUUUGUAGAGCUAGAUUUUCCAAGUAUUACAGCUAAAAAAUGUUAUCACAUCAAAAAACAUAAACAAUUGAUAGAUACAUUAAAUACAGAAGAUGGUGAAAUCAGAUUUUCAACAAUAGAUUUACAUGCUGCUAAUUACCAUUUGGUAGGAACAGAUUUGCGAGAUAUAUAUGAAUUAGACAAAAAAUUAACACAAGCUGAAGUUAAUUUUAAUUUACCAACCAUGUUUCUUGCUGAAUGUGUUCUAGUAUAUAUAGAUACUAGUGCAGCUUCAGCAUUAUUAAAAUGGCUUGCAGUAACGUUUCCAAAUAGUAUAUUUGUAAGUUAUGAGCAAGUAAAUAUGAAGGAUAAAUUUGGGCAAGUAAUGCUUUCAAACUUGCGUAGUCGUGGAUGCUUAUUAGCAGGAGUUAAAGACUGUGAAACGCUAGAAACUCAACAAAGACGAUUUACAAUAAAUGGCUGGGAAGGGUCUAAUGCUUGGACAAUGGUAGAAGUUUACGAUUCACUGCUUGAAACAGAUCGUAUUCGAAUUGAGCAUAUUGAAAUGCUUGAUGAACGAGAGCUUUUGAUUCAAUUAUUGCAACAUUAUUGCAUUGCAAUUGCUUGGAAUGGACAAACAUUUAAAAAUCUAUCUAUAGCACAGGGUUGAUUUUCCAAAAUUUUUUCAGUUACUCCAGGUAGUGAUAAAGUAUAAUCAAAUAUUGGUAAGUUCAUGAGUCACUAAUUACAACAGCCAGGGGAAAUUAUUAAAUUGGAAAUCUUAUAGAUACAUAGAAGUUCUAUAUAAUUAAAUCUGUUUACUAAAAUUUGUUAACUAAAUAUAUUUUUAAAUUAAAUUUUGUUAACUAAAAAUAUUUCUAUUAGUUCAAAAAGAAAAAUUUAUUUCUUUGCAUCUUCAAAAUGGUGUAUAUAUGUUUUAAAUUGCACCAGAUAUAUAUUCCUCUGUCUUCUUUUGAAUUAAUUUAUUUUUUAAGAAAUAAUAUAAGACAGUAUAAUAUAAAUGAGACCCAUGAUAAUUAUUUAUAUAACAAUGAUAUAGGCAACUCAAUAGUCAAUUGACAGUAUUUAAAACUACUCCUUUCUUGUAUAAAUGAAACCUCAAUUUACAUACAUAUAAGAUUAAUUAUUUCAAACUCUAAAAAUAGAUAGUUAAAUUAUAAACAUUUUUAUUGUAAGUAAUAUAUAUCAUUAUUACUAUUAUUAUAUAUUAUUAACUGUUACACUAGAAGAGAGUAACAGCAGAAAGUAAUGGGAGUAGUUCCACAGAUCACAUGAAAUUCUAUAUAAAUAGCAUACUUGACUAAAUAACAUACAACUUAAUAUGAAGUUUUAUCUAAAUCAGAAAUUUCUUCAAUUUAAUAAUGUAAACAAUAUUCAGCUGAUAUGAAGAAAGAUAUAAAAACUUUUCAAAAAUUUGUAUCUAAAAUGUUAUCUACAUUGUAUUAUAAGUAGAACAUUGAUUAUUGGGUAGCCAUAAAGGCAAUAGUAUUUAAUAAUAAUAAUAAUAAUAAUUGAGUGUUGAUAUAAAGAAAGUAUUGAGUUUUUCUCUCAUUAAGAAAUAAUUAUUUAAGGUUAUGACAUAAGGUGCAACGAAAGUGAGAUUUACUUAACAAUGAGAAUAAUGUCAUAAAUACAAAAUAUGGUAUAAUCAGAAAUAUGUAUGUAUACAAUCUUUUUUCAAUUCUAAGUUUGAAAUAACAACGAUCAAAUUUUAUUUUUCUUUGAUUCUAUUGUUUAUAUACGUGAAUUGUUUUUUUUUAAUUAUAAACAUAAAUUAUUAAUGCUUGCACAUGAAUAUAGCAUAAAUUCGUGUUUUUUUUUUUUUUUUUUAUAUAUAUAUAUUAUUAUAUAUUUUUGUGAAAGAAUAUAUGUUAAGAAUUCUAUUUCAGUCAAUACAAAUAAGCACAUUAUUGGUAGACAAGUAGUAAAUUUAUAGAAAAUAAUUAAUAAAGAUUUAUUUUCAUAUGAGGAGAAAUCAGGGUUAUGGUAUAUUCAAACUAUAAAUAACAUUAAAAGUAUCCUUAACUCAAUAAUGUUGGGAUUUAUCUUGUAUAGAUAUUUUCUGUGCAUAUAGCUUCAUCAGUGUUAUAUUACAAUUAAUGCAAUAAAAUUAUUAUUCUCCUUACAUCUUAUAUUUUAUACCUGAAUUUCAGAUUUGUAUCAAUUCUAUUUCAGAAACUAUUUUGUCAUAUUCUAAGAAUCACCUUUUAGGCAUAAGAUUAUCUGAACAUGUAUGUGGAUAACUUCAUAAGAAAGUGUGUGAUGGAAUAUUUAUUAAAUGUAUAUUUUUAAAGAUGUGCUUGCAUACCUGGAGUAACAAAAAUAAAAUGAUCUCUCUCUUUCUCUCUCUCUUUUUCUCUCUCUUUCUCUCUUAGUAUAAAGUUCUAUUUUUUCCGAAUAUUAUAAUUCAAAAUUAUUAAUAUAAUAACCAAAAAUGUUACAUAAAUUGUAUGAAUACCAUAUAUAUACAGAAAAUUGAAUCUAUUCACAAUAAUUUCAUUAUGAUGAUUAUGCAAGAAAUGCAAAUGAAGUUUAUUAACAUACUAUGUGUUCAAAUCAAAUUAAAGUUUGAGAGUCAUUAUUUGUUACUAUAAUCUCACUAAAGUUUAAAUUUCAUUGAACACUGCCAGUUUAAAGGUGAGAUAAAAUUUCAAAAUUAAAAAAGGUGCUAAAAUCAAUAUUUUUAUCAAAUUCAAUAAAUUUACAAAAUUUAGUGCACUAUAUUAUAAAUACAAUGAUAUGUAUAUUACAUUAAAUUAUAGUUUAAACUAUAUUAUGGAUCUUAUUUUUAUGCUAUUAAAUUAUUAAAAUUAUAUUAUAAUCACAUAUUCUAGUAACAAAAUGUUUGGGUCUCAAACUUAAAAAACAUUUUAUUAUACCCACAAAUUAGACAACUCUAUGUUUUUGCAUGUGUUUCACUUUAUAAAAUUAUUAAUUCAUAAGCAUAUGUAUGGUUACUAUAAACAUAUGGAACAAUAUGAAACCCAUAUAGACAUUUUAUGUGCUUCCAUUUCAUUAUAGAUAUAUCUAAGAUGAUCAGAGAAUGUAUUUUUAUCUUUGUGAUAUUGUUAAAUUAUGUAUUUAUAAAUCAGAAAAAUAAGACAGUGAUCAGUUAUUAUUCUAAA